CAAACCCUUACCAUGGCAGAACAAACUCCUGACGAAAUUAGCCAAGCUUUCGUCGAUUUCUUGGAAGAUGAGUCGCAAGAGCACAACUACAAAGCCAUCAUCGGCUCUGUCAUUGACAGUAAGCAACGCAGACUAAUUGUCAGCGUAGAUCAUUUGCGACGAUACGAUGAGAACUUUACAGAAAGACUCUUCGCUCGUCCUGGUUACUACCUGCCUAGUAUGGACAAGGCGCUUCAGGAUAUGAUCAAAAGUGUGAGACCCGAUGCUCCAUCACAGGAAGAGAGUCCUUUCUAUAUUGGUUUCCGUGGUAGCUUCGGAGAAAACCAUGUUAGUCCAAGAACGAUUCGAGCAAAACACGUUGGCAAGCUCAUUUGUUUAGAGGGUAUUGUCACCAAAUGCUCUCUGGUUCGACCUAAGGUGGUUAAAUCCAUUCACUACGCCGACAAAUCUGGUAUUCACUACGCACGCGAAUAUCGUGAUAGCACAACCUUAGGCAAUGUUAUCCCCACUGGUUCAGUCUACCCUACAGAAGACCCCGAAGGAAAUCCGCUCAGUACAGAGUUUGGAUACUGCGUGUAUCGUGAUCAUCAAGUUAUCAGCAUUCAGGAAAUGCCUGAGAGAGCUCCUGCUGGUCAAUUGCCUAGAUCCAUUGAUGUUGUACUUGAUGACGAUUUGGUCGACAAGAUGAAGCCAGGAGAUCGUGUUAGCAUUGUUGGUAUUUACACAUCUCUUGGAAACAGAAAUGCAAACCAAACCAGCGCCAACUUCAGAACGGUCAUCCUUUGCAACAACAUCAAUCUUCUCAGCACUAAGGCUGACGGUGGCAUCUCUUCGCCCAUCAUCACUGAUAAAGAUAUUGCCAACAUCAAUAUGAUAUCUAAGCAAAAAAAUGUGUUCGAUCAACUAUCACAAUCUCUAGCACCCUCUAUUUGGGGCCAUGACUACAUCAAGAAGGCUGUUUUGCUAAUGCUCUUGGGAGGCAUGGAAAAGAAUUUGGACAACGGUACUCAUAUCAGAGGAGAUAUCAAUAUGAUGAUGGUUGGAGAUCCAUCAACGGCAAAGUCACAGAUCCUUCGAUUUGUACUCAACAUUGCUCCACUUGCCAUCGCAACAACUGGUAGAGGUUCAUCAGGUGUCGGUUUAACGGCUGCUGUUACAACAGACAAAGAAACUGGAGAUCGACGACUUGAAGCUGGUGCUAUGGUCCUUGCUGAUCGCGGUGUUGUCUGCAUUGAUGAGUUCGACAAAAUGAGUGAAGUUGAUCGUGUUGCCAUUCACGAAGUUAUGGAACAGCAAACUGUUACUGUUGCGAAGGCCGGUAUUCAUACUUCUUUGAACGCUCGCUGCAGUGUUAUUGCUGCUGCCAAUCCUGUUUACGGCCAAUACGACUUGACAAAGGAUCCCGCCAAGAAUAUUGCACUGCCUGAUUCCCUUCUAUCUCGUUUCGAUUUGCUGUUUGUCGUAGUUGACGAUAUCGAAGACAAUCGAGACAGAAUGAUUUCCGAGCAUGUUUUGAAUAUGCACCGUUACAUUCCCCCCGGUGUAGAAGAAGGUGGUCCUAUUCCCGAGCGAAGCGUUGAUAACCUUGCUGUUGGUGAAACCGAAGAGGAAGACACAGAGGAAAAGGAGACCGGUAUUUAUGAGAAGUUCAAUUCAUUCCUGCAUGCAGGCAUGGCCGCAUCUUCGACUACAACUCCCAAGGUCAUCAGAAACAGCUUCAUUAAGAAGUAUAUAUACUAUGCCAAAAACAGAGUCAAGCCUACUUUGAGCAAACGGGCAACUGAAUUCAUUGUAAACGAGUAUACUUCACUAAGAAACGACAAGGAGGAUGAUCAUAGAAAGAAGACCACCCCGGUUACUGCUCGUACGCUCGAAACUCUCAUUCGUUUGGCGACAGCUCACGCUAAAUGCCGUCUUAGCCAAAAGGUUGAAGAAAAGGAUGCCAAGGCUGCUUCUGAUAUAUUGAGAUUUGCCAUGUUCAAAGAGGUUAUUGAUAAAAACGAGCAAGCUAAGCGACGGAAAGUUAUGGCUUCAGAUUCUGAAGACGAAAAUAGCGAGGAAGAAUCGGAUAACGAUACCUAUGUUGCACGCCCAUCGAGAUCAAGAAGCGCUCACUCUCAAACUCCACGACGAUCCACUCAGCCACGCUCAUCUACGGUCGACGACGCAUCACAAACCUCCCUUGCUGGCAUGCAGUAUUUGGAUGUCUCGUCGUCAUCUGCAGCCAUGGACGAAGAUGUUGAUAUGGAUGCCGAUGCAUCAUCUUCCAGACUACAACUCUUCCGUCAACGAAUCAGUAAGUUGCGAAGCGAAAACUACUUCUUCGAGGAUAAAUGUGAAAUCGAUGCUCUGUAUGCUGGCAUCAAUCAAGGCAUCUCUGAGCCAUUCUCACAGCAAGAAGCCGAGCAGUUCCUGGAAACUAUGGCAAUAGAUAAUCAACUCAUGUAUAGUGACGGCACAGUGUACAUGAUUUAAGCCAACAUUCAUAUUUAACAAUAAUAAUCCAUUUGUGCCAUUACAAUUCAUUUCAAAACUUCGACUGUGUAUCUGUUUAUGUACUUAAGAAAAGAAAGAAUGAGUAAUUAUUGUUGACGCGGUUGAAAGUGUCGAUGGAAAGCUGUGUUAUCAGACAUUUCCCUCUCCGUUGGCAUAGGAGUAAUAUGUUUCGCUCAACUCGUUUAGUCAAAGGCCCGCCAAAUCGAUGGGAAAGAGCAGUCUCUCGCAGCUGCCAAAAAAAGCGCCAAAUGAUUUCCCAACCCACGGUAUUCGUUUCUCAUUCUUCUGCAAUGUCACAAACUGUCCCCACAUUCCAAGAAGAAAUAGAGCCCGGUAGGUUCUUGACCAUGCCAGAGGAUGGUAGUGGUGUCGCUGUCAUAGACCCUUGGUUAGAGCCCUUCAAACCAGCGCUACAGUCCAGGUAAGCGACAUAGCAAUAGAUCGUUAACCUAUACCAAGAUCUCGAAGUAA